AUGGUUGCCGACGAAUCCCGCUUGCCCAAAACUCCCGUCACUUCCAAGGAAGCGGCGGUCAAGAAGCUUUUGGAAGUUUACCCCAACCCUGCAGACGUCCCGGACGAAGAAUGGAAGAAGGUUUUGACCCCUGAAGAGUUUUUUGUGUGUCGUCAAGCAGGGACUGAACCCUCUUUCAGCGGCAUUCUAACUAAACAUUUUGCUCCUGGCAAGUAUUCAUGCAGAUGUUGCGGAGCUGAUCUUUUUGUGUAAGCAUUAAAACUUUAAAUUUGAGCUGAUCUUAUUCUUCAAAAGUUAUCCAUUCGUUUUAGAUCGGACACCAAAUACUGGGCGGGAUGUGGAUGGCCUUCCUUUAGUGAAUCGAUCGAUGAAGACAAGAAUAUUCUCCGUAUUCCAGACACUCGCUUUGGUUUGAAUAGGACUGAAGUCAAGUGCAAACAGUGCCAUUCCCAUCUUGGACAUGUUUUCGAUGACCCCGUCCCAGAAACUGGAGAAAGGUAUUGUAUUAACAGUAUUUCGAUCAAUUUUGAUGAAAAGACUGACGGAAAUCGAGUCUAAAUGAAUCUCAGCUGCUUUAAAAUAAACAUUAUGGAAAGGGAUCGCGGAGUUUGUGAUAAGAGCAAUGGGAAUCUUUGAGCGGGAAAACGGUAAAGGGGUUCUUCUUGUUUUGACAGGUUACCCCUUAGGCAUGGCUCUAGGCCGGGCUUUCCAAAAUUUUCCGUCCCGGGCCGUCUAAUUUUAAGUCCCGGCCCCGGGCUUUUAUUUUCAGGCCCGUCCCGGUUUUACAAGGAAAGUACUUCUAUGGGGUGUGGAAUUACCGGUCGAGAUAUAUAUCAAAAAAUUCGCAAAAAUUUUCUGAUUCAGAAUAUAUAUAAAUUAGCUGCCUAAUUUUGGUUUAAUGACAUGUUUUUGUCCUCAGAAGUUUUCUCGCGACACCAUGCAAGUGUCUUUUUGACCGUGUUUUUACCAAUAAAAAAAUUUUGUUUUGUGCUAAACUAAAUUCUGAAGCCUUGACAAGCCUUAAAAUAUCAAAUUGGAUUACAACUACACCUUAAAAGUAGUUCCAACGUAAAAAAUGGGUUCUAAUGUGGCAAAAAGAACCGAACCCGUUUCCCUCGGAUUUCCAACCCAGCGCUCUAACCACUCGGCCACACCGCUCUCUUCCGAAGGAAGAGACCGAGCGCGCUUUUGUUGCCGCAGAUUUUUUUCCUCGAGAAAAAGAUUUAUUGAAAAAACUCGCUGAUAGACCAAAAUUAGGCAGCUAAUUUAUAUAUGUUCUGAAUCAGAAAAUUUUUGCGAAUUUUUUGAUAUAUAUCUCGACCGGUAAUUCCACACCCCAUAGAAGUACUUUCCUUGUUAAAGAAAAUUCGGAUUUUCCGAGAAUUCUCAUAAGAAUAGCGAAAUUCGAGAAAAAAUCACUCGAAAACAUUUCAAGAUUACAUCAAGGCGACCAAAAAAAUUUCUUUUCUUCCCCAGAUGAUUCCAGGCAAGAAUUUCUCGACAUCAAAAAAAAACCGGUUAUGACGUUUUUCACAGAAUGAAAAUUUCCAAAUUCACGUCAAUAAAUCACAUGGCAUUUGAACUUCGAUCGAUUUUGAACUGAAAAGGUCAAAAAUUUGAACUUAUUGUUAGAUUUGAUGAGUUCGUGAACUUGAACCUCUCUUCAGUAGUGAAUACCUUGUUCGUAUAAACUACGCUUCCAUGUUAUUGUAAACAAUUGUGAUGAUGUAAUUGACAGGGCAAGUUACCACAGGUCCGACGAAAAGACCCGUGAAAUUUUUGAUUGGCACUUCUUCAACUCUUUGCUUUUUGCAUACUAUGAGAAUUAAAAAAGGUUACAUCCCUAUGACAUCAUCAACAAAUUUUUUUCAAGGGCGCAGUGGAGGUCAUGUUUGGUCGGACCGGAGGACAUUGUUCAAUGUGUUCAACUGGGAUAA